CCUGCUCUCUCCUUCCCUUAUAAAUCUCACUCUCUCGAUCUUAAUUCUCUGCCUCAUUUCUAAAAUAAAUAAUUUUCGUAUUGUUUGAAUGAAUGCAUCUCUAUCCGCCUUUAUCGCGAAAUCUCGAUCUCCACGUGAUGAUGCCCUUGGUUAUCUCCCAUCCGACCCCAAUCUGAUCUUGACGUAUCAGCAUCAAGAUGCUCGGAUCCACUCAAAUUUCUGGAUAUAGUUGCUCUGGUUUUUAGCUUGGUCUGUUGCGUUAUACUGUUACACAACAUUUAUGAGGUGAGAAGUGGGACGAAAUGGUCCUAUAUUUCAGAUAUUUUUGGAGAUGGAAGAGAUUCCAGCUGUCACAGGAGAACAGAAUAUGAGCUCUGAAGAGUCUGCAUCCAAUGUCGAACAGGCUGAAGUUUCGUCUCAGACUGCUUCUCAGAUUUUGUGGUCAACAGGAAUUUUGUCCGGUCCAAUACGCAAUGGUUUCUAUUCAGUCAUCCCGGAGAAGAAUCUCAAGGAGAAUUUCCAUACGAUUCCAUCUCCUGAUGAAAUUCAGUCUCUUGGUAUAUGGGGGCUUAAAGCUGACAUUAUUCUUGUAGACACAGAGAAGGAUAAGAAGCUUUCUAUGUUGAAGCAAUUGAGCACCACAUUGGUGAAAGGAUUGAACUCGAAUCCUGCUUCACUAAUAAAAAGGAUUGCAGGCCUAGUUACUGACUUCUAUAAACGCCCAAAUUCAGAAUUAAGUCCUGCAAAAUCUACAAUGGACGAAGUUUCUCAUUUAAUAGAAAACCUUGGUGUUCAACUUUUAGGUCAAAUAAGAAAUGGAUCAUGCAGGCCUCGAGCAAUUUUAUUCAAAGUUCUUGCAGAUGCUGUAGGUCUUGAGACAAAACUAGUGGUGGGGCUACCUAGUGAUGGAGUUGUUGAGCACAUUGACUCAUAUAGGCACAUGUCAGUAGUAGUUGCGCUGAAUUCAGUGGAAUUACUUGUUGACCUCAUGCGUUUCCCAGGCCAAUUAAUCCCUUUCUCAGACAGGGCUAUGUUUAUGUCCCAUAGUUCUGCCGUAGAAGACGACCCUCCGGAAUAUGAUUCCUGCGAUUCUCCGCUGGAGCCAAAUAGCCCCUUGUUUGGUUUCACGGAUAAACUGGGCAGCAAAUGUUGCAGUCCAGAGAAAAAUGACACCUUCCAUUCUUCAUAUCAACGAAAAAUUGAGGCACCAUCAAAUAUUUAUGGUCCUCCAGUGCGGCAUGUCAUGCUAUCAUCAAGUUCAAGAGAAAAAAGUUUAAGUUCAUCACAUAGUGUACCUGACAUUGCAAAUGCAUUCUGGAGAAACUGCCGGAGAAAAGCUGUUAUAGAAAAGCAACAGACAGCUAGUUCAAGUCCUGAGCAUCCUCGGUCACAAGGAUGUGGACACUCUAUACUUAGCAACAAUCAGCACUUGUCUAGAGAUUUUGCAGAGGAAGUUGCUGCAUCAAGGUCUGAAGGUGCAUCAACAUUUGACAGACGGAGAUCAAGAAGAAGGAGCAUUAGCAUCAUACCUGAGAUUGGUGAUGAUGUUGUCAGGGCUGUUCGAGGCAUGAACAGAACACUGAAGCAAAAUCGUCUUGUAAGGGCCCAGGCUGAUGAAGGUGCGAAUUUGCAUUCAAGAAAUGCCAAGAAGGAUAUAAAUGAUUUAUCUAAAAAUGUAUUAAAUAUUGAUUUGGAUGGUCCUGACAAAACAUCUGGAAGAAUAUCUGGUACAUGCAAGCAAUUAAAUCCUACUCAAAAUGCAUUAUCAUUGCCUUCAUCUCCGCAUGAAUUUCAGGGUCAGACUUCUGGAGGAAGUCAAUCUUCUGACUUCCUAAUUACCGGAGAUCUGACUUCAACAUGGAGCAAAGUCUUGCAUUCUUCCCCGUUUCUGAAUAAGCCAUUAUUACCUUUUGAAGAAUGGAAUAUUGAUUUCUCAGAACUUACUGUCGGUACACGUGUUGGAAUAGGGUUCUUUGGAGAAGUCUUUCGAGGCAUAUGGCAUGGCACUGAUGUUGCUAUUAAAGUUUUUCUGGAGCAAGACUUGACCGUUGAAAAUAUGGAGGAUUUUUGUAAUGAAGUAUCUAUCCUGAGUCGCCUUCGACAUCCUAAUGUUAUAUUAUUCCUCGGUGCCUGCAUGAAACCUCCACACUUGUCAAUGGUUACGGAGUAUAUGGAGAUGGGAUCCUUGUAUUACCUCAUACAUACAACAGGUCAGAAAAAGAAGCUCAGUUGGCAUAAAAGAUUGAAAAUGCUUCGUGAUAUCUGCAGGGGGCUGAUGUGCAUGCAUCGGAUGAAAAUAGCGCACCGUGAUCUGAAGAGUGCAAACUGCCUCGUGGACAAACAUUGGGUAGUGAAGAUUUGUGAUUUUGGGCUGUCGAGAAUAAUGGUGGAAACCCCAAUGACAGACAACUCAUCUGCAGGGACUCCUGAGUGGAUGGCUCCUGAGCUCAUGCGUAACGAGCCAUUCACUGAAAAAUGCGAUAUUUUCAGUCUUGGUGUGAUUAUGUGGGAACUUUGUACUAUGAACCGGCCAUGGGAAGGCAUACCACCAGUUCAAGUGGUACAUGCAGUUGCAAAUGAAGGGACACGAUUGGAAAUUCCUGAAGGUCCUCUCGGCAAGCUAAUUUCAGAUUGCUGGGCGGAACCUGAUGGGCGGCCUAGUUGUAAAGAAAUCCUUACCCGGUUGCUUGAUUGCGAGUACACACUUUGUUGAUUUGGUCCCAGUCAUUAAUCUUUUUAUAGAAAGAGUACCGAUAUAUACAUUUGUUUUUACAAGUUUGUUUAAUAAAUCUCAUUUCACCAAUGCAAAUCCACACUGGUUAGCAAUAUAAUUCAUCAAAUGUAACAUUCUCUUACUCCUAGGAUUCUACAAAAACAUGAUUCUCAUUUUGUAACAUUCUCUUUUUUGUACAUGAACGAUUCAUGUUGAGAAUUUAUAUGAGCACAGUUCCACGUCGAAAGAAUUAGAGAAGAGUUGCGGACUUCGACUGGGAAGUUGGGUUCUUUGAUCUGAUCCCUGAUGCGUGCCACCGCACUGGUGUGUACAGUGAUCCAGAAGUAUCCAGUCGCAUUGUAAUUGAAAUAUAAGGAGGUAUUUGAAAUAAUAUGUAAUUAACACAUACCUGGUUCUUAAAUUUCCAGUCAGCAGUUGUACUAUUUGUAUUUGUGAACUUUAAUGAGCUUUCAAAUAGUUUCAUGUGACAUUUUAAA